AUGGCCAACUCCUCUACCCUCUUUAAAGCAUUCGUAAUCGGGUCCCCAGUCUGCAUACUCCUACUUAAUGAAAUAAAAAGAGUGAAGCAUCUAAGAGACGACGAAAAGUUAAACAAAAGCUUGUUUAUAAAAAAUUUCCACAUAAGUAACAUUACCAAGAAGGGACAAAAUGGAGAUGAUCACAGAAGGGAACCCAAGUUUAGCGAAGCCAAUGUCCCGGAGGAGGAAGAAGAAGUGCUGAACUACUUUUACGGCAAAGCAUGGGGAUACACCACCGAUUAUGAAAUUGAUUUGAGCUUAAAUACAGGAGAUCUAAUUUUUAUAAAGCACGACUUAGAAAAUGUAAAUUUAAUUAAAAAGGCUCUUCUAAAAAUGAACAGAUAUGUGCAACAGAGAAGCAACAGCAGUAACAGUGUGGAGGAUUAUGACGAGGUGGGGAUCAUUUUAAAAAAACACAACAUCAGUUAUGUGUAUAUUCAAAAUGUCCUAAAUGGAAAAGACAAAUUAAUUCGCUAUUCUCACUUUCUGCAAAAAUAUAAGCCCACCGUUUUAUCUCUCAGAAGAUUUGUAACGGAUGAUGAACACAUAAAAAAGGAGUUACAUAAAAAUAUUUUACAAAGUGUGCAGCGACAGGAACAAACGAAUAUAAGUAGUUCCUCCAUUUUGUUUAAUAUUUUGCGUAAUCUCUGUAAGCAAAGGAUACUCAUACGUCCCAAUGUGAACGACUCUCCCCCCAAAAAAGAUUGCCUUUGUAAUGAUAGCCAUUCCAUGUGUAAGCAAAUAAGCUACAAUAUAGACAUGAACAACUUAAUUAAUAUGCUCAUCUUCCGAUCGUUUAAUUUGUUCUUUUAUUUUGUUUCGUACAUGAAUGAACAAGCUUUGAAAAGUAAUUCACUUCCCCGUAAACAUGUUCUUUUGCAAAAUGUCUCCUCGGAUAUGCCCAACAGGGGGAAAGGGAACUCCUGCAUAAUUGACAAACAAAAUGGCCUACAAGGUUAUGAGUUCCCACUGGGUAAUUCCUUGACGCGAUUUGAAUUUAUCGAGGGGGAUUCUCAAGAGGUGAAGCCAGUCGCCAAAGAAAUAGAGAAUUUCCUCACGCUGCUUCUCGAAAAUGAAUACACACUGAUGGACUCCAUGGAGUAUAUGAACAAAGUGCAGCGGAAGGGAAGAAACCACUCAACGGAGAAUGCUCACAAGGAAGGACAGAUAAACCAUUUUGCAGAUAAAAUGAAAAAGAAAAUCGAAAAGGUCUCUCUAAUGUUUAAAAGAUUCUCCGUAACAAAUUCUCAUGUUUAUGAAAUUUACAGAAAUACGAAUUUGCUGCCCUCUAUAAAAAAUUAUGAUCCUCACCCUUCUCUCUUUUUAUGUUUAAACAAUUUUUAUAAACCCAUCAACGGGAAGAGUAUACAGCGUGAUACGUUCAACGUUCCCAAGCUGACCAACCUGUUUCACGUAAGGCAGGAAGAAGCCGAGAAGUUGCAGAGAUAUUUCUACCAGUUUAAUAGGGUCCCCAAGUCGUAG